AUGAGAAGAGUAUCCCUUACCGGCUUAGCGGCCUUAGCCAAAGCCGCUUCUGCCAUCGAUUGCUCUUUUGACUCUAUCAAGACUAUCCUACCUGCGGGCGUGGAGUUGUCCUUUGCGCAGCCCAUUGAGGAGAAUGGCACUUUCAUUGUCCCGACGGAGGAUAUUGCCUGGCCCGUCGACCCCAUCAAUCUGCCCAAACUCUGUGCCGUCGCCGCCACCGUAACCUCGGCGGAAAAUGGCACGUAUGGGUUUGGGAUUUUCCUGCCUGAUGAUUGGAAUGGUCGUACCCUGACUGUGGGCAAUGGCGGUCUGGCCGGCGGCGUGAUCUGGUCUGAUAUGGUAAGAGACAUGUGGAAUUUAUUCUGUCAAGGUGGCCACGGCACCGGUGUCAAGUACGGACAUGCCGUUAUUUCAACAGAUACUGGGCACAAUAGCACCACCACCGACGCUACCUGGGCCGCAAACGACACAAUCGCACAGACUAACUGGGGAUGGCGAGCCCUGCACGAGAGCGUUGUCAUGGGAAAAGCCAUAAUCGAAGCCUAUUACGGAACAGCUCCCAGUUAUCACUAUUACCAAGGUUGCAGCACAGGUGGCCGUCAGGGUUUCAAAGAGGCCCAAAUGUUUCCAGACGACUUUGACGGGGUCAUCGCCGGAGCUCCUGCAUGGUGGACGCAAAUCUGGCAGUUUUGGCUCGGCUAUGUGAACUACAUCUCCAAUGUUACUGAGAUUCCAGUUAGCAUGUUUGAUCCUAUUGCCAAGGAGGUCCUGAGGCAAUGCGAUGGUCAAGAUGGCCUCGUCGAUACCAUCAUUUCCGACCCCUACGGAUGCAACUUUGACACAGAACAACUCCUCUGUCCCGCAAACGUGACCAACGCCACCGAGGCAGGCUGUCUGACAGCCGCCCAGCUACAGACCUACAUCACGCUGGCUAGCGACUUCGUAGAGACGAACUCCACCCUGGUUUUCCCCAAAUGGCUCCUCGGCUCCGAGCACUUCUGGGACCUCAAUAUCGACGGCGGCGCCCCGAAUAUUAUUGGUCUGGGUUAUAUUCAGUAUUUUCUCGGCCUCGGCAGCGAUUGGGAUUGGAGGGACUUUGACGACGACGUCGUGCAGCUGUCCGAGGAGCUGAACGCCGGCGAGGCUGACGCUGACCACUACGACAUGACCGAAUUCUUCCAGAAAGGGAAGAAGUUCAUCCACUACCAGGGCCUGAGUGAUGGAGGAAUCUCCACAGGUGCUAGUUUCUAUAUGUACGACCACGUUCACCGGGCUAUGGCGCCUCAGGGUGUUGUCCUGGAUGAUUUUUAUCGGUUCUUCCCGAUUCCUGGCAUGGGUCAUUGUACCGACACACCUGAUUUUGUGAAUGCACCCUAUUACAUUGGAGGAAUCAGUAUGACCAACAACGGCCAAUACUCUGUCCCAGGAUAUAUGAAUGCCCAGCAUGAUGUGCUGCUCGCCCUUAUGGGCUGGGUCGAGAACGGGACCGCGCCCGACUACAUCAUCGGGACGGCCUACAACAACUUUACGACCCAGGAUGCCGUCACGCGCCAGAGACCGAUCUGUCCACACCCGAAGCAGGCAAAGUAUGCGGGCGAGGGCGAUCCGAAUGACCCUGAGAGCUGGACGUGUCAGUUGCUCUAUUGA